AUGGCUGUAUCAAUCGAUUUCAUCGUUGGCCUGAUCUUCAACCUCAUGAGCCUAAUCACCAGCCUCAUCACCAUGUGGCAGACUCAGAAAAUGUUAGCUAUGAAGCAAUGUCCACAAUAUGCCUCGUUGAACGAUAUCGAAGCGGAUGGACCUUCCCAAGUCAAUGCUCCAAUCACCGAAAAAGCGCCCGUCACUUCAAGAGGAGAGAAAGAAAGAACGGAACAUCCACCUUCCAUUGCCUCUGACCUAACGAAGCCGCCCAAAGCCAUCGUUAGAGAGAAAUUGUACGAUUCAGACUCGGGCAGUGUGGUUGAAACUUGA